AGAAAAAAAAAAAAAACACGGACACAUUUUACUGAUCCUGUCUUGUGCACAGCUUUAAACCUGAACUCUGGUUGUCUUUUCUCGGUCACACUGCUAAUCUCAUUUUAAUGAACUUCCGGUGUUUAGAUGUGAGAAAUUUGGCUAAAGCUUGCUGCUGUUUCAGCAACAGGUUUGUUCCAGUCAGGCCCUCAUGCCACGCUUGCGUGAUUUAAAUGACAACAGUUAAAGGUGCAGUACUGCUCGAGUGACUCCGCUAACCUGCUUCCACGUUUCUGAGAUUCAAGACAUCCGAUAGCCCCUAAAGCACCCUGGGAGAGAAAGAAAAGGUAAACAACACAUCAUUGACAACAUUGUGAAUCCUCUGCGUUGGUGGGUGAAGCAGAAACAUUGUGAGAGGAGAAACUUUGAAAAACGAGUCACAAAAAGAAGCUGUCGUCAAAUCUAAUCAAUGAUGGUUUUGAAAAAGCUUCUGCGUUUCGGGAAACAGCUGCUGAGGGUGAAGGUUGUCAACUGCAACUCGGAGGAAUCGCGACUCUCCCGAUGUCUGAACACCUUCGACCUUGUGGCUCUUGGUGUGGGCAGCACCCUGGGAGCUGGGGUGUAUGUCCUCGCUGGAGCGGUGGCCCGGGAAAACGCCGGACCGGCCAUCGUGCUGUCGUUCCUCAUUGCAGCCCUGGCUUCAGUGCUCGCGGGCCUCUGUUAUGCAGAGUUUGGGGCGAGAGUGCCAAAAACGGGCUCAGCGUACCUUUACAGCUAUGUGACUGUAGGGGAACUAUGGGCCUUUAUAACUGGCUGGAACCUUAUACUUUCAUACGUUAUAGGUACAUCAAGUGUUGCCAGAGCUUGGAGUGCCACAUUUGAUGAGCUGAUUGGAAAAAAAAUCGAGCAUUUUUGUCGACAGUACAUGUAUAUGAAUGCUCCGGGCAUUUUGGCAGAGUACCCAGAUAUGUUUUCCGUAUUCAUCAUCCUCACUCUCACAGGCCUUCUGGCCUUCGGGGUGAAGGAGUCAGCCAUGGUCAACAAAGUGUUCACCUGCAUCAACAUCCUGGUGCUGUUGUUCAUGGUUGUAUCUGGACUGGUCAAAGGUACACUGAAGAACUGGCACCUGGACCCUGAUGAGAUUCUUAACAGAACCAAUUCCACCGUUAAUGCCACACAGCCCCUGCCAACAGAAGAGAUUCUCGGUGAAGGUGGGUUCAUGCCUUUCGGCUUCACAGGGGUCUUAUCAGGGGCCGCUACCUGCUUUUACGCCUUCGUUGGGUUCGACUGUAUCGCAACUACAGGUGAGGAGGUGAAGAACCCCCAGAGAGCCAUUCCCAUUGGCAUCGUCUCCUCCCUCCUUAUCUGCUUUGUAGCGUACUUUGGUGUAUCGGCCGCCCUCACCAUGAUGAUGCCGUAUUACAUGCUGGAUAAGAACAGCCCUCUUCCCGUGGCCUUUAAGUAUGUCGGCUGGGAAGGAGCCACAUACGCUGUGGCAGUCGGCUCCCUCUGCGCCCUGUCCACCAGCCUGCUUGGCGCCAUGUUCCCCAUGCCCCGUGUCAUCUGGGCCAUGGCUGACGAUGGCCUGCUCUUCAAAUUCAUGACCGGGAUCAACGAGAGAACAAAAACUCCCAUACACGCCACUAUAACAGCAGGCUUUGUCGCAGCUAUCAUGGCUUUCCUGUUUGACCUGAAGGACCUGGUUGAUCUGAUGUCUAUAGGAACUCUUUUGGCUUACACGCUGGUCGCUGCCUGUGUUCUAGUACUCAGGUACCAGCCCGAGCAGUUUUCUCAAACAUAUCACAUAGCCAACACACAGGAAGAGAUGGAAAUGAGUGAGACCAUAAGUACGCCCAGCAUGGGGAUUCUUCCUGGCUUAGAAGAGCGGUUCAGCUUCAAAACGCUGAUCUUCCCCGACAUCACUGAACCCUCCAACCUUUCAGGCUUCACCGUUAACGUCUGUGCGAGUCUGCUUGGUCUGCUGAUCUUCAGCUUCAGUCUGAUGGCUGUCCUGGGUGGAACUGCAAUGUGGAAUAUUAUCGCUCUCAGCUUCCUGUUCAGCAUGUGUGUCAUUGUCACAUUCAUCGUCUGGAGACAACCUGAGAGUAAAACCAAGCUCUCUUUUAAGGUUCCUUUACUUCCAUUCAUCCCCGUGGUCAGCAUGUUUGUCAACGUGUACCUGAUGAUGCAGCUGGACAGGGGUACCUGGAUCCGAUUCGCCAUCUGGAUGUCUAUAGGACUCAUAAUCUACUUUGGCUAUGGAAUCUGGCACAGUACUGAAGCCGCACUGGCCCAUUCCAGUAUGGACGAGGAACUGAGUGUGUACAAACCCGCCUGCAGCCUAAACAGGGACAGUGUGACCCCGGAAAAGGAGGCUUUCCUCUGUAACGGAUCACGGGUUGAUGAGGAUGGAGAUCUCUAAUAUUGAACAGUGUUACAUUAUUUACUCAAACUUUACAUGAAAGCACACCGCCGGGAGGUUGUGAGGAGCACAGGCCGUUGCAAUCGAAUCAGAUGGAGCUCUUUGACCCAUUUAACAAUGUCACUUCCUUGUCAAGACGUCUAAGAGCUUUAAUUGCACACUACAUGGGUGGAAGUAUUUGAGUAUUCUCACAACUCGAGGGUUUCGUUUCCUACUUCAGAAAUCUUGAAGAAACCAAAACAGGCACAGGACCUUUUUUUGAGUGGUUGUAGAAUAAAAACAAAACAAAAACAAUGUAGGUAUCUGUGAGCUGCAGUAUUUCAUGUUGACGGCUGCUUUUGUUGAAUGAUCUAAUUGAACUUGUGCCUUUUGUCUUACUAUUGCAAUUGAAACUAAAUCAUAGUUGCUUGAUCUAAAUCUUGGAUGUCAGUGUUUAGGGUUUUACGGAUCUGAACAUGCCUUUACAAAGGAGGAAAUCAAAUCAUGCUUGGCUUUUCUGCUGAAUUUGUAGUACUCUCGUGUCUGAGGUCCCAUUUAGAAACAUUUUCUGGCUGGUUUGAACUGCCCGGAUCCAGAAUUUGUAGGUUUUUGCUAGUCCACCUAGUUUAGACCUUCAGAUAGUACUGCCACCUGGUGGUGUGGUAGGGCAGUCACCAGGGUUAGUUGCUUUUACCUGUCACAGUGCUGGCUACUGUGUCCUCUAUGCAGAUGGAGUCUGCCUCUUCGCUCGCGGCUUAAUGUUGCAUAAGCAGGCAUUUUUUUUAGGAUAUUUUGAGAGAAGUUGAUAAAUAGGGGUAUGUUUAGGUCAUUUAAGGUGUUUGGAUAUAAAUCAUUGUGAUACACCAUUGUUGUAUCAUUCUCAAUGAUUAAUGGUUAUUAUUAUUACCAGUGUAGAAAACAGCUGCUUAACAUUUUUGUGGAAACCAUAAUAAUUUUUUUUCAGGAUGAUUUGAUGAACAGAAAGUUAAAUAGAAUAGCAUUUAUUUGAAAUAUAAUUCUUAUUGUAACAUUAUAAACACUUUUGAUCAAAUGAAUGCAUUCAUAUAAUAAUAAUCAUUUUUAAAUCUUUUUUUAAAACACCCAAACUUUUAAGUAGUAGUGUAUCACGAUUUCUACAAAAAUCUGAAGCAACACAACUGUUUUCAACACUGAUGAUGGUUUCUGAAGGAUCAUGUGACGCUGUAGACUGGCAUAAUGAUGCUGAAAAUGCAUUACAUUUUAAAAUACCACGAACAGUACAAUUUUAAAUUGUAAUAAUAUUUUACAAUAUUACUGUUUUUACUGUAUUUUAGUCAAAUAAAUACAUCCUUGGUUAAUGUAAAGACUUCUUUAAUUUUAAAAAAAAUUUUAUUCCAAACUUCUCCAGUAGUGUAAAUUUAUUUACGCUAGUAUUACCAAAAGCAAUCGCCAAUGUUAGUUUUUAUUAGUCAGAUUUUUUUUCUUUUUUUAUUCUUUUGACAAUGGCCUUUGAGUUACCGCCGUCAUAACUUGAUGAUAGUAGAAUAGAGGUAAGAAAGCUGGUGAGUAUAAUCUUGGCAAUGUUAAAUGUUAAAAACUUUGCAUUAUUGCACAAUGGCAUCACAAAUGUUUAGAAUUAAAUAUAGAUGUUUUUUCAUGUAUCCCAGAUGAAAUACAUUUCAUGUAUUUUCUCAGUAGCAUGAUUGCCAUCUCUGAUAACCAAUCAGAUGUUUUAAACUUUGUUUUAACGCUCCAUCAUCCAAUCUGACCUCGGGAGUAUUUAGUCCAUUAUGAAUUUAUAUUAAGAAUAUAUAUUUAUAUGUUCUAGUUAAACUUCUUCAUAUAUUCUAACCUGCUGAAGUAGUAAAUUGAUGUAUCAUUCAGACUAUGCUUCUCAAUCAAUCAAUCUAUCAAUCAAUAUUCUAUCUUUCUUUGUUGAUAUUCCAUGAAUUAAGUGAUUUGUAAAUGACUGAAAACAGUAAUGUGCAGAGGCCUUGUUCACAUUUUUGGUUACAAAGGUUUUAGUAGAUUAAAAUGUUUAUUAUUUGUGAUUGUGGCGGAGUUGGUGUUUGAACGUGAAUUUCACAUGGUUGUUUUAAACUCUUGAAACUUGGCAGUUACAAUUUAGAAUGAAAUUACAUACAUACAUAAUGUAUAUUUAUAAAUGUUCAGCUGCUUAAAUAGUUGCAUAACACAUUAAUAAAUAAUAUGAAUAAUAUUUUUGUAAUGAGGCAAGUAGUAAAAAUAACAAAGAGCCAGAUGAUCUAAGAUUUACCUAAUAUUGCAUAGGGUGUACUAUUACAAAAAAAAAAAAUAAUAAUAAUAAUGCAAUUAAAAGGUGUUGAAGUAUUUUGUUUUUGUCAUUUUGUGUGUUCAUUUUUGGACCAGAAUGCAUAACAUAGUAAAUGACUGUCUACCUACUGUUUCAACUUGAUGCUGUAAAUAAAAUACAUUUUAUUGUUA